AUGAAUAAACAUUUAUCCAAUGGAAUAUUAAGAAAGUAUUCACAGUCAACUACCAAUAAUAUCCCCAAAAUUUCACUGACUUUGAUAUUAUCAAGAUUACCAGUUAUAACAACUGAAUUAUCAAAAUUUGAAAAAUUAUUUUAUAAAUAUCAAGAAGAAUUAUGGAGAAGAUUAAUGUGGACAUUUCCAAAAUGGUUUUAUUUCAACCAAGGUACUUUAGCUGAAUUGCGUUAUAAACAAUUAAAUAAAGGAUCAAUGUCAUAUGAUCCAAAAAUUUUAUAUCCAAGAGGUAUACCGGAUUUAAAACAAGGUAGAGAUCGUAGAUUUAGACAAUAUAUAAAAGCACCAAAGCCAUAUAAAGAAAUUGAUGAACUAAGUCAAGAACAAAUUAAAGAAAUAGAAGAACAAAAAUUGAAAAAUAAUGGAGAAGAAUUAAUUAAUAAAGAUGAUUUAACUAGAAAAAUUAUACCAAAUCAAAGAGUUACAAAAGCUGAUUUAAAUAAGGAUGAUAAAAGUUUAGAAAGAAGAUUAGAAAGAACUUUAUAUUUGAUUAUAAAAGUAAAUGACUCAUGGAUUUUACCAACUUUUGAGAAUGAAAAGAAUCUGACUUCAUUACAUGAAUUAGCUGAAUCUGGAUUAUAUAAAAUUGGUGGUGAUAAAAUAAAUUACUAUAAUGUUUCAAGAAUACCAUGUCAUGUAAAAGAGUCAAAUAAUAAUAAAGAAUAUUUUAUCAAAUCACAUAUAUUAUCAGGUAUUUAUGAACCACAAGAUAAGAAGAAUGACUAUAAAUGGUUAACAAAAGAAGAGUUGAAAACUUAUCUACCAAACUUUAACGAAAUUGAACACUUAUUUAGUGAAGUAUAG